AUGAGUGAGCCAAAAUCCCUGGGCAUUCUUUCCAGUAUGCCAAAGAGACACCAUUUGCUCUUUGUUUGCAGCCUGAGGUCUCUGAUUCUCUUGGUCAUCCUGAGCCCAGAACUCCUGUUGCUGGGAACCAGCCUGCAGCUACAAGACAAUGCCUACGAUGGGUUACUUUUUGCAAUUCAUCCAAGAGUGUCAGAAGAUGAGAACCUCGUUCCGAAGAUUAUGGGUAUGAUAACUGAAGCUUCCUCUUACUUGUUCAAUGCUACAAAACGAAGAGUCUAUUUUGGGAAUGUAAAAAUCUUAAUACCAGACACAUGGAAAGCUCGCAAUUACAGUCAAGCCAAAUGGGAGUCCUAUGAAAAGGCAAAUAUCAUCAUAGCUGAUUGGUAUAGGAAACGCCGAGAUGAUCCAUAUACCCUACAGUAUAAAGGGUGCGGAGAAGAAGGUCAAUAUAUACAUUUCACCCCUAACUUCCUACUAAAUGAUAACCUGACUGCCACCUAUGGAUCGCGGGGCAGAGUUUUUGUCCAUGAAUGGGCCCAUCUUCGCUGGGGUGUGUUUGAUGAGUAUAACAAUGAGAAACCUUUCUACAUGGCAGGACACAAUCAGGUCAAAGUCACCAGGUGCUCAUCAGAACUCACGGGUAUUUUUGUAUGUGAAAAAAACACUUGCACCCAGGAAAACUGCAUUAUUCACAAUCUUUUCAAAGAAGGAUGCAUGUUUAUACAUAAUAAUACACAAAACGCUACAGCAUCAAUAAUGUAUAUGCAAAGCCUAUCUUCUGUGGUGGAAUUCUGUAACGCCAGCACUCACAACCAAGAAGCGCCAAACCUUCAGAAUCAAAUGUGCAGCCUGAGAAGCACAUGGGAUGUAAUUAUGGACUCUGAUGACUUCAGAAAGAGCCUCCCCAUGGCUGCUGCUGCCCUUCCACCUCCACCCACAUUUUCCUUGCUCCAGACUGGGGACAGAGUCGUCUGCUUAGUUCUGGAUGUUUCCGGAAAAAUGGCUGAGGCUGACAGGCUCCUCCGACUGCACCAAGCAGCUGAAUUUUACCUACUGCAGGUGGUUGAAACUGAUACGUAUGUUGGCAUUGUAAGCUUCAGCAGGAAAGGAUCGAUCAGAGCUCUGCCACGCCAGUUAAGGAAUCACAAAGACCGAAGGCAACUCUCGUCAGCUCUUCCUACCUCUGCAACAGCUAAUACAGGGGCCAAUAUAUGUUCAGGCCUAGGGAUGGGGCUUCAGGCGAUUGAAAGUCUGCAUGGAAAUGCAUAUGGCUCUGUGAUAAUAUUAGCAACCAGUGGAGAUGAUGGGGAUAUCAGCAAUUGUUUGUCUACUGUGAUAAACAGUGGUUCAACCAUUCACACCAUUGCUCUGGGCCCAUUUGUAGAUGAAAAUCUUGAAGAAUUAUCCACACUGACAGGAGGGUUGAAGUUCUUUGCAUCAGACAGAGCAAGUUCCAAUGGUCUGAUUGACGCUUUUAGUAGAAUUUCAUCAGGCACUGGAGACAUCUUUCGCCAACCUGUCCAGCUUGACAGCACUGGUGAAAUUGUUGACAUUCAUCAGCACGUUAGUAGGACAGUGACUGUUGAUGGAGGCCUGGGAAAGGAUACUGUCUUUUUAGUCACAUGGCAGACCAGCGGGCCUCCUGACAUAGUCCUCCAGGACCCUAGUGGGAAAAAGUACUUCACAGAGGAUUUUAACACCAAUCCAGGGUUGAGGAGCUCUUAUCUUCGGAUUCCAGAGACAGCAAAGACUGGCUACUGGAUUUUCUGGCUGAAUAACACUCACAGCUCUCCACAAGCCCUCAGAAUGGCAGUGAGCUCUCGGGCCUCAGAUGAUGGUGUGCCACCAGUGACUGUGACAGCCCAUGUGAAUAAAGAUGGAGUCCAUUUCCCACACUCUGUGAUCAUUUAUGCAGAUGUGAAACAGGGGUUUUAUCCUAUUCUUGAAGCUAAUGUGACUGCUGUUAUUGAGCCAGAAAUGGGAGAGCCUGUAAGGUUGGAACUGUUUGAUGAUGGGGCAGGUGCUGAUAUUAUAAAAAAUGAUGGUAUCUACUCGCGGUAUUUUUUUUCCUUUACUGUAAAUGGUAGAUACAGCUUGAAAGUCCAUGUCUAUCAAGAGAACCACAUUAGGAGACUGCCUAACUCUAUUCCAGGGAGCCACGCAAUGUAUGUUCCAGGUUACAUAGUAAACGGUAACAUUCAGAUGAACGCUCCAAAGAAGUCUACAGGUGAUGGUGACAUUCAAGUGCAAAAAUGGGGCUUCAACAGAACAACCUCAGGAGGCUCCUUUUCAGUCCUGGAUGCCCCAACAGGUCCCUAUUUGGAUGUGUUCCCUCCCUGUAGAAUCAUUAACCUAGAAGCCAUAAGAAAAGAAGAAGAGAUUAUUUUAUCCUGGACAGCUCCUGGAGAUGAUUUUGAUCAAGGCCAAGCUGCAAGUUAUGAAAUGAGAAUGAGUAAAUGUCUACAGAAAAUAAGAGAUGACUUCAGGAACGCCAUUUUGGUCAACAUUUCUAAGCUGAUCCCUCAACCCGCUGGCUCCAGGGAGACGUUUGUCUUUACCCCAGGGCUCUUGACAGAAGACCAGCAGCAGCAGCUCGAUGGGGAGACGGGAGAAGGCAACAGCAUCUACUUGGCCAUCCAGGCUCUAGAUGAAGCCUCUCUCAAGGGGCCGGUGUCGAACAUAGUACAAGCGGCCCUACUUGUCCCCCAAAAUACUUCUUCUGUUACUGCUCGAGAACUCCUUAUCCUAAGAGGUGUUUUAACAGCAGUUGGAUCGAUAGUGACUAUCUGUCUUCUGAUAUUCGUGGCACAUUGUACCUUCAGCAGGAAGAAGAAAUCGAGGAAGAAGGACAAUCGGGCAAAACUACUGUAAAUAAAGGUCUGCUGGCAAUGGGUUAUUUGUCUAACUGUAAAGGACCUUUCUGCCUAGAGGCAGAGGCAUUCGAAUUUUACAAAAGCACACCAGCAAUAAGGCAUAGGAACCAAACCUGCGAUUUCACUAGUCUAGGGAAGUCCCAGAUGAGGAAAGACCGCUGCAGAUUUGGAAUGUCUCUUGCAAAUUAUGGUCAAAGAGAGUUGCUAGAAUACCGGGAGGGGUCACUCACCCACUACAGGUCAGAGGAGGUACUUGCACCCAA